UCCGCCAUUACUUACCUUCUUGAUUGUUUUGUUCGUACCGAUUUAAGUUUCACGUCCUUUAUGUAAAUCUUUGAGUUGCAUAUUGGUUAAAUAAUGGGAGUUAUAGGUCUACAGACAUACAUGACAAACUAUUGUCCUGAUGCUUGCUAUGAGGUCAGGAUUACGGGUUUAAUCAACUCGUACAGAAAGGCCACAGGAAGACAACCAGUAAUUGUGGUGGAUGGUUCAUCAUGUAUACGCCAUCUGUAUGGGCCAUUGGAUUGGAUACUGGGUGGCCAGUUAAAGGAGUUUGCAGAUAAAUUAGUGACAUUCGUAAAAGCUUUUGAGUCUUUAGGAGCAAAGCUUGUUUUCUUCUUUGAUGGAAGCACAGUUGAAAGGAAAAGGCCAGUAUGGAUUGAGAGAAGACUGAAAUACCUCCAAGAUGUAUUUAAAAUAUAUGACUGUCUCAAUAAAUGGAGAAAAUUGUCAUCUGUUGAUCUGAGUCUGUUCCAAAUGCCUGCUGGAUUAGGAACACGUUACAUUUUAAAAGAACUGUGUAAUUGUGAGGUUUAUUCAUCGAUACGUGAAUGUGAUGAAGAGGUAGCAGAAUAUGCACGUGACAAGCAGUGCUUUGCAAUCCUCGGUGAAGACACAGACUAUAUUAUUCAUGAAGGAGCAGAGUAUUACUUGUCUAUAUCAAAACUGAACCUGUCAACUAUGACUACAUUGUAUUACAAUCGCUGGGCCCUGGCUCGAGAUCUGGCGAUAUCUCCAGCUAAGCUGCCUCUCCUCGCUUCGGUGAUUGGCAAUGACAUAGUCCGUGCCAGCGAACUGAAGGAAUUCCACUAUGAUAUCUGUCGUUAUCGAGGUGGGAGAAAGUAUAACAUGAACCGUCGUAUUCCUUUUGACGAUCUCUUCAGGCAUGUGGCAAGGUUUGUGCGUUCUCUGCCAUGUGGCCAGGACAUGUUUCGGGCCAUGCCUGCGAUUGCCCAAAGAGUUUUAGGAUCCAAAGACAAGGCAGAGAAAUUGAAUACCAGCAUUCGAAGUUAUUGCACUCAACAUCAACCAGUUCAACAAGCAGUUGAUGAUUUGCCAAAAGAUCAUUGGAGCCAGCUGAUGUCUUUUGCAAGAAGACGACAUGUCUGCUGUGAAAAUCCUUAUCAGGUAUUUGCUGUGAUGAACGAGCAAAUGUUUGAAUCUUGUACACCUAUGGAAGACAUCAGGGAAUUAGAUAUACCACCAGCAGCUGUGGCACUUCGGCCACUAAGGCAGCGCAUUUAUGGGCUGCUGCUUCAUGAGAAACCUAAAACAGGCCAUGAACCAGUUGUCGUGACGGAAUGGUGCAUGCAUGGAGAUGACAGUAUUGAACUGCCUGCGCUGGUGGAACCUGUCACCAUACAAGAUCCUCCACAUCCUGGACUGUUGACUCUGUGGCAAAAUGGGUCAGAAGAGCUUCGAUGGAGGGUGUUCUGUGCAGCUGUUUCACCCCGACUUGACCACAGAUUACUGAGGGAACUCUCCCCACACCUUGUCGUUCCUGCUGCAGUGCUUGCUUACCUCUAUCAUGAGGUUUCAGACCAUUUGUUGGAGACCUGGGAGAUAGAAGCUCUGAUAAUCCAAGCUGUGGUUCUAGAGGAAUAUGACGUGAAGCGCCUCUCAAACCUGCAGGUACCAAGCAUUCACACUCGGGCUAUCCGCAUUAGCACUCUGUUCAUAAGAAGUGCCACUACCAUGCAUCUGCUACUAGCAACUUGUGGCUAUCCUGUUACUCUUGCUGAGGCACUGCCAUGGAGAUAUUUUGAUGGGAAGUUAUUUGGCUGUACAUACCACAAAACAAUGUCCGGGGGGAAAUAUGAAGAUCAGUGCUUUCACAAGACUGCAGUAAUGGAGCAGUAUAUAAAGGUGCGAGAGAUUGUAUAUGGACCUCAGCAGAAUUAAGUUUCUGGUUACCCCUUCAGGAGCCUUCAGACCAUAAACGAGUAAGUGGAAGUUCUGUACAGAAUAAAACAUGGGUUCUUUUCUUUGUGAUGUUAUAAAUAUCGAAAUGUGUUUGCAUAGAUGGAUGAAUGGUUGGUAAUUUUACAGUAAUUUCUGGGUAGGGUGAUAAGUCCAACGAAGUGUUUUGAAAAGUGACAUGUUGGAAGCUGUUCUCUCGUAUUAUCUUGCCAAGUUAACCCGAGCUUUCUGAUAAUGUAUUCCAAAACUAACUAAGCAAGCUACAAUAAGCUGAUGAAGAGAUGAGGGUAGUAGACUUAAUGAGCUGACAUAUUGGUCGAAACUCGUCAUAGUAGUGGGGCAUACAAUAACAUUAUUAACUGCAGAUCUAUUCCAUCGUGGAUAAAUCUGUAUAACUCGUACAGACCUGUAUUUUCUGUCCACUAACGUGAAUUUUUUUACACUGGUUGAACUGUAGACUUAUUAUUAAAAAUAAUUCGUGGAUAUGGUUCUCUAUGUGUGUGCGCUUAAUUUGUCUGGAUGUUCCAAAAUAUCCUGCAGUCCAUGUUACAGGUAAAUCUGUUUCGUUUUCACGCGCAAGUUACGCUUGCCGCACAGUGGUCUUUUAAGCAGAUUUCUGCAAACUGCAGAUAAAUCUAUGUAUGUCUUGCCAUUGUUUAUUAUUAGUGUUCUGUCUGACGACAGGUCCAUAUGAACAGGAUCCUUCCAUCCUUUUCUCGGACUGGGACCCUUGCCAUUGUAUAGGAAGUUUAAUUCAUUAUGUAACAUUAUUUGAUGUAAUUUUUUGACCUGAGACACUAAAUUUGCUCUGUAAAGCCUUGUAGGCAUUCUCCUCCUUUUGGUAGACCUUCCUCCAUGGCCUCAGGUUUCGCUCUGGUGGGUCGGAGGUUUGCCUGAUUCUGUCAAGACUACUUCACUGUUAUGAACACAUGGACUUGGCUGGAGGGAGAUUAGUCUAGGUAGAUUUACAAUCUGGAUGAAUGACACGCGAUUGCCAGGAAUGUCUUAAUUUUGUUAUUGGCAUUGAUGCCCCAAACAUUGUAUUACUUUGAGCUUCCAAUGAAAUAACCUAUGGAUACAUUGGAAGUUAUGUAAGUACUGUACAAACUAACCAAUUUAAUGGCAUGGAAAACGAAAACAAGAAGGAAUCUGUAAAAUGUAACGAAUGUUACAACCUGAUAAUUAUUUCUGCAGUGUGAUAGGAUCCACAGUUCAGUGCAGAAUCUGAAAUAGUUCACCAUGACUGGAUUUAAAUGCCAAACCAUGGGUACAAGCUGUUGUCAUAUGCAGGAGUCUGUGCACGUCAGUUUCCUGUGUGGUUUUUAAGGAAUAUAUUCAGAGAGGGGCAAGUGAUGGUGGGAGAAAGUCUGGGGGCUGAGUUGUCUCGGGAGUGGUCUUGGUAGGCUGGUUGGGUAAAGUAGGUAAAAGGUGGAUGCCCAGGCAGAUCAACUUCAGGACUCUGACUUUUAGGCAGAUGGACAGGCGUUAAGAGGCUUCAGUGAAGAGAAGCUGUCCCGACUAGCAGAGGCCACUCUGAUGUCGGGAUGAAGGAAGUUUGGGAGAUGAUGUUGAUGAACAGGUGAUACAAAAGAAUAUAAAAAUGCUUUUAGGUUUUGCAUUUAGCUUGUUGUUACCUGUGAUGUGUAUCAGCAGUGCUGUGGAAGCAUUAAGUGUUUUACAGGCCAGAAGAAAUAAUUCUUUGUCAUGAUGAAUAUUCAUCUUCAUGAAAGUAAGCUUGUGUUUUGGGGCAUAUAGUUCCAUUUUAUGCUAGGAUGUUUCUAAUUUGGUGAAGUGAUCCUACAAAAGAAUGGUAGUAACAUCUCCUGCAGUAUAAUUAUAUUCUUGAAUGUUUAUAUCAAAUCAAAAAGUGACAGUGGAACGACGGUUCCGGAGUAUUUGACGUAAAUACGUCUAUACGGAAAGGAAUUUUAUAUUUUGGCUUUAUUCUAAAUAUUUCCUUUAUACAUGCUUUACAAUUGAGUAAAG